AGGUGGAUGAAUGUACCACAGGACAAAACUCCUGCCACAAAUCCACCGAAUGCCACAACACUGAGGGCAGCUAUGAAUGUCGCUGCAGUCCUGGAUGGAAGCCGAUUCCUGGAUCCCCCAAUGGCCCACACAACACCGUCUGUGAAGAUGUGAAUGAAUGUACCUCAGGACAAAACUCCUGCCACAAAUCCGCCCAAUGCCACAACACCGAGGGCAGCUAUGAGUGCCACUGCCGCCCUGGCUGGAAGCCGGUUCCUGGGUCCCCCAAUGGCCCAAACAACACCGUCUGUGAAGAUGUGGAUGAAUGUACCUCGGGACGAAACUCCUGCCACAAAUCCACCCAAUGCCACAACACCGAGGGCAGCUAUGAGUGCCGCUGCCGCCCUGGCUGGAAGCCGAUUCCUGGGUCCCCCAAUGGCCCAAACAACACCGUCUGUGAAGAUGUGAAUGAAUGUACCUCGGGGCAAUACUCCUGCCACCCAUCCACCCAAUGCCACAACACUGAGGGCAGCUAUGAGUGCCGCUGCCGCCCUGGCUGGAAGUCAGUUCCUGGGUCCCCCAAUGGCCCAAACAACACCGUCUGUGAAGAUGUGGAUGAAUGUACCUCGGGACAAAACUCCUGCCACAAAUCCACUCAAUGCCACAACACCGAGGGCAGCUUUGAGUGCCGCUGCCGCCCUGGCUGGAAGCCGACUCCUGGGUCCCCCCAUGGCCCAAACAACACCAUCUGUGAAGGUUCGGAGUUCAGAUCCCAUAUAAGAACCACAUCUUCUUUACUUGACUGAGCCAUCUGAAAGGAAGCUGCCAUAAGGAGCUUUGGCAGAAAAGGGGCAGCACUUUCAGCAGCAGUGUGUGCCCAGUGCAGGCAGUGAGGAGAGGGGAC